AUGAGAACCAUAAUCUUGGCACACAUUGCCUUGGCUUUCACGGCCACACCCGUCUUGGCAGUACCACUCUCUACACAAGAGCUUGGCAGUCCUAUUGCCCAGACCGCCACCUCCAUGCAGGUAGUUUCAUCCCCGGUCAAGAGCAGCGUCUUGUCAACACAUCGCCUUGGCAGUCCUGUUGCCCAGACUUCGUCAGUCUUGUCAACCCACACAGUUGGAAGCCCUGUCGUCCAAACCGCCGUAUCCACUCAUACUGUCGGUACGCCAGUCGUUCAGAGUGUCAAGUCUACACAUGCGGUUGGCAGUCCGGUAGUCCAGAGUGCUGUAUCUACCUACUGUAACACCAGCCGGACAGUUGUCAAAUCGACGCACACUGUUGGCAGUCCUGUUUUUCAGACGCCGAUUCGCUCAACACAUGUCGUUGGAAGCCCGGUUGUCCAAACACCUACGUCUAAGAAUCCGGCGACAAAGACACCCAAGUCGAAAACUCCUCUCCCUGAUACUACUGUUGCUCCGAUACACGCUUCAUCUACACAGCCCACUGGCAACGCCGCGACUCAUACUUCUCCGUCUAAGACGCAUGCCACUGGUAUUCCAGUUGUAACUGCUGCCGGAGACAAGAUCAAGCCUGCUGUUGUGGUAUUGGGCCUUGCCGGUGUUGCUGCGGUUAUGCUUUAA